AUGUUGAAGUUGCAGUGGUCGUACGUGUGUGUCAGAGCAGCCGUUUCUCAUCAACAUCCAGGUACAGUCGUUUUGGACACACCGUGGCUGUAUGUUCGCACCGCCCACAAGCUGAGCCGGCUGCGUGGCCACACCCUGCAGCUCACCUCGGAGCUGACGGCCACCAAGUGGCUGACGGUCCAUAACCUGGUCCUGGAGGCCUGGUGCAGGGACAGAGGCGGGGAGAAGGAGGCCCGCCUGGCCCUCUACUCACCGGUUGCCACCUACCUCCAAGCGGAGCUGUGGGGAGCUGUUGGGAAGCGGGCGCUUGAGGCCUCGGGGUCCCUCUGCUCGCUGUGGACUCAUCCUCUGAGAGGAAACGUCUCCCUGGAGACGUCUCAAACCAGCCACGCCCUUCAGAUGAACGCCACAUACGGCGGGCAAAAUCUGAGCGUAGCUGCCGCACUAACCUCCGCCGAUAAGAGUUUGAAAAAGAGGCAGGCGACCCUGAAGAUGAGUUUCACAAAGCCAGCGAGCCCGGCAGCAGAGGUGGAGCUGGAGGUGGUGGUGGAAGAGCUGAGGAGGGACAAGAAGAUGUACCAGAAGACGGCCGUGCUGCACCUCAGACAGCCCCUGCAGAUCCUCCCUCAGGCUCUCCUCCUGCGGGAGACCUUCACCGUGGAUCUGCUCCAAGGCCUCUACAUUCUGGAGACUAGAGCCGGUAUCCAUAGCAACAGAGAAGUCAUCCACACUCUGACUUUGGGCUAUAAACCUUCAAAACCAUUUGUUUGUUCUGCUCUGAUUCAUCCGUUCUCCUCUGAAACUGUCCCGUCAGACUCAGAAAUCUGUGUGACUGUAACCAGCAACCAGACCCAUAAAGACGUCCGGGGCCGGUUACGAGUCGGGGGCUCGGAGAGACUGACCUUCCUCGGGCUGGCUCAGACGAAUCCUUGGCGUGCACGUUAUCAAGCGCUGCAAGUUAAAGCCACCUUCUCCCAUCAGCUGCAGUUGCAGCUGCCGUCCUCAGCUGUGAUGGAGGGACUGGUACGUUGGACCGCAGAACCCGACAGGGACUUUGACUAUCAGGCCAGAGGGAGGCUGAGAGUCGGGCGGCAGGAGUGCCAGCUAGCCGUGCAGCUGAACGGGACGUCGGGCAUCGUCGGCCUGCAGUCUUCUCUCAGUCAUCCCUUCAAAUCAAAGAUUCCCAAAACAUUGGAGGUGAGGGCCGCUGCAGAUGUGUCGGUGCCCGGCCGAGGCAGCAGCACCGUGCACGUGAGUGCCGACGGGAAGGACAGGGUGAUGCUGAACGCCCAGGUGUCCCACAUCCUGGUGAGAAGCGACAGAGCCGUGGGACUGAGGCUGAACCUCUCGCAGAGUCUGCUACCUGCAGCCGCAGACCUGCACCUGAACCUGGCCGCCAACACGACCUCAGACAGCGUGGUACUGCGUGGCUCCUUCACCCGGGGAGAGGAGGCUCUGCUGGCCCAGGUCAGGGGGUCUCGGACAGACUCCCCAGGUCUCCGUCUGGCUCUGUCAGGGGACUUGAGACACUCCCUGACCGGCCUCAGUGUCCUGCCUCCAGUCCUCGGCCUGGGCGGGGCAUUGGGGCGGUCUGACGGUUCAAUCAAAGGGCAGCUGAGGGUCGAGGUGAUGGACACUGUGCACAGCGUAGAGCUGAGACAUCAGACGAAGGCUGCAGGUGAUGAAGAAGGCAUGACGGGAGAAGAGACUGACGGAGCUCGGGACUUGCUGUGUGUUCGGUCUGGGAUGGAGCACCUGUGCGUCAAUGUCAGCCGCCAGCUGGCGAAUCAGGGACGGGGAGAGGUUUUUCUGCAACUCUGUCACUCCUCCCACCUGCUCAAUGUGACAGGUGUACCAGUCGACAGCAGCGCUCAGGUGAAGUGGAGCCGUGACGGUGAGCAACUGUCAGUCUUGGCAGAGCUGCAGGCUGGACCUGAGUAUCUGGAAGCAGAGUUUCUGGGAGGCAGGACAGACCCCCUGACCCCCCGAUGGCAGUACUCCUCCAGGCUGCAGCACCAAGUCCAAGCCCUGCUGAAAAGAGGCCUGUUGAGCUCUCUUAAGGCCAAAGCUCAUUACCAGUUUUUUAUUAUCUUGUUUAUCGUCUCAGCUGGAAGCAGCAGGCCUGGAUACGGGCUUGGUCCUUCACAGUGA